UUAUUGAUCAUAAACUAAAAGGAUGGCUCUCCGAGGCGUCAAAGUGAUAGAGUUUGCUGGCCUAGCUCCAGGACCUUUCUGUGGCAUGAUUCUGUCAGAUUUUGGGGCCAAAGUCAUUAGAAUUGAUAAGCCUCACUCAGUGGACAUGGACAAGCUGGCCAGAGGGAAGCGCUCUAUAGCCAUUGAUAUGAAGAAGAAAGACGGCAUUGGCAUUGUCAAAAAGCUGUGUUCUGAUGCUGACGUUCUUAUUGAACCCUUCAGGGCAGGUGUAAUGGAAAAGUUAGGUUUGGGACCUAAAUCUCUUCUGACUGAGAAUCCAAAGUUAGUGUAUGCCAGAUUAACAGGGUAUGGUCAGAGAGGAGUCAUGUCCACUCGGGCAGGCCAUGAUAUCAAUUAUAUAGCAACCUCAGGUGUUCUGUCAUACCUUAGGAGGAAAGGAAAAAAGCCACAUGCUCCAGUGAACUUGUUGGCAGACUUUGCUGGAGGAGGAAUGACCUGUGCUUUAGGGAUAAUGUUGGCCUUGUAUGAAAGAACACAGUCAGGUCAAGGUCAAGUCAUUGAUGCUAGCAUGGUGGAAGGAUCGGCUUAUAUAGCAAAUUGGUUGUGGAGAUCCAGUGACCUUCCUAUUUGGGGGAGACCCCCUGGUGAGAACCUUUUAGAUGGUGGUGCCCCCUUUUAUGAUACAUACGAAACAGCUGAUAAAAAGUACAUGGCUGUUGGUGCUUUAGAACCUCAGUUUUAUGUCAAACUUUUACAAGGACUGGGUCUUAGUUUGGAUGAUUAUCCUCAGAGUUUGUCAAAGUCAGAUAAACUGAAAGACAAACUAACUCAAUUGUUUGCAACUAAAACUCGUGAUGAAUGGACAGAGAUUUUCAAAGAGACAGAUGCAUGCUGCACCCCAGUACUAGAGCCAAAUGAAGCACCAAUUCAUCCUCAUAAUGUGGAAAAUAAAUCGUUUUUACAAAACACUGAUGGGAAAUAUGAAUCCGGUCCAGCACCUAAGCUGUCUCGUACACCUGGUGUUGAUAAAGUGUUACCAGCCCCUUACCUAGGACAGCAUACUGUAGAAAUUCUGAAGGAAAUUGGUUUUUCAGGGAACACAAUCCAGAACUUUAUUGAUUCUGAGGUGGUUCAUCAAAGACAGAGCAGUGCUAAGUUAUAACUUUUUACCUCAAUUUCUGGCCGAAUUUUUCAUGUAUGUUGUAUUUUGGCUAUUAUGAAUGAUAAAUUUUGCAAAUGUUCAGUUUAAAGCAAAUAUGUAAAUAAUGAUCAACGAGGCAUUCACGCAUGAAAAAGAUCCAGAAUAUCGGCAUGUGAAAUUUGUACAUCAUAUUUUCAGUAUUCAGACAUUCAUAAUCAAUAACUUAGAUAUUUGUUGCUUUCCUAAAUGAAUCAAAUAAUUUAAUGAUAGUACAUUACUCUCCUUUA